AUGUCAAUUUUUGAUCCUCUGACACAGCAGCCAGUACCACUUCAAGCGAGCAACAGAACUGGUUUGGAAGACCCUGUAUUGAGUACAGACUCAAUUGAUGACUCUAAACUUGGAGGUGACAACAGUUCUCCCAUAAACCUUGAAGACGUAGACUGGAUUUCGUUGGGUUUAGAGCAGCUGGCUGUUGAUGAUGAUGCCCUUGGAGCUUUGAUAAGAGAACAUAAGAUAGUUGCUCAUCAUGAAACACAAAAUAUGACAAAUUUCCAAAAGGUAAUAAGGUCACUUCUGGAGCUAUUAAGCAUCCCCGAAAGAAAGAGCACAGUAUACGAGGACUUGAAGCAGUUAUGUCACCCUGAUAUUGUUAGGCCUCAUUCCGUGACAACAACUGCACAUCAAGAUUUGAUCCGUAUUGGGGUAUCAUCAAGAAGUAAUGCGAUAACAAUUUCAGAAAUGGGUAAGAAAUUUGCAGAAGCUGCUGGUGAUAACAGGAACGCGUUACUAUCUGAUGCUUCACUGAAUGAUGUGCCUGAUGAGGAGAUUUAUAACCACCUUCAGGGAGUCUGCGGGCUGGGAGCAUAUAACGCUUAUACCAUCAUGAUAUUCGGAUUGGAAAAGAUGCUGGACCACUGGCCAAAUGAAGCAGAAUUUAGGCUUAAGUAUAAUAAGUUCAAUGAGCAGCUUCGACGUUGCCCUUCGUCUGAUGAGGCUGUUGUUGCAUCAAAGUCUUGGAUGCCCUUCAGGGGUUUAGCAACAUGGAUCAUCUGGACACAUGUGUAG